CGAGAAAUGAAAUGUCCGUUAAUAUCAUCAAUAUAUCAUCGCAAUCAACUAAGUAAUUUUUGUUUAUGGUACCGUAAGGAAGAACCGCAAAACGGUAGGACUGAAAACUGAGCUGAUGGGGAGAGAGAAUGCUCGUUAAGUACUAUUGCACCGGUAUACUUAUGUACGGACUUGUGUGUUGACGAUUACGGUGCUGCGCGGGAACGAUCGUUUCGUCUUUUGAACACGUGUGUCCUUAUCAGCGGUCAUUUUUCUCGCUGGCCAUGAUAACGGUUUUGCGAAGCAUAAUUUCUGCCCAACAGUCUCACGAUCUUCGGCAGCUUGCCUUCGAUAUUUUUUCGCGUCUUCCCGCAUGAAAUUCAUGCAUAUAUAUCGUAAUAUAUUAUCAGCGAUAAUUUUUAUCGUCAUAUGUAAGCACCUGACAAGCAACAUCUACCGCCUAAUUAUCUUACUUUUGGGCGAUAUUAUGUUCGGUUUAGACAGUUUCGGAGAAUGGGAAGACUUGAUAUUAUACAAGCAGGAGAAUAAAGCUAUUGUCGAGAAAUCCGUUUGGACCGAUAGAAUAUGUUCCGGUAAUUCGGGUGAAAUCUCCUUGAUGAAACUCACCGAUAUCCGACACGUUGGUAUCUCCGAGAUUGGUCUCUUUAUCGUUCACAGAAACGGACAAACAAUCACUCUUAAUAUGAGAGGUUUAACGAGGGAGGAGAUACAAAAUCUAAGGAAAGAAAUCAACUAUUUCUUGAACAUGAGUCGACUCGAAAAUCUCGACUUUUCCUUGAUUGAUUCUUCGGACCGAUUAUUACUUCCUUCCGAUUCUGAAGAAUAUUUGCAAAAUUUGCCAAGAACGUGUCUACCUAACGAGCUUACCGUUUCGGAUAAUAUCUUGGGCAAUAGCAAGGCAUGCUAUCGGGUGCAGCAGAAUUUGAGUUAUCCAACUCUAAUGUGUGGAGUACGACUUAACAGCUAUCAAUCGGCGAGCUUGAAAAGAGGCUUUUAUACAGAAAAUUCAAAACGUCUUGAUUGUGUUAAAUAUAGAAAUAUUUGUGCCGUUCCUAAUCUGACAAAAAUAAACAAAGAACAUAAUUAAUUAAGUACCCUUUGUUUAUGAAAUAUAUGUGUUGUUGAUAUUAUUGAGAUUUCUAUCUAAUUCGCAACUGUCGGUUACAAAU